AUACACAUCAAAUGUAAUUCCAAGCAUAUCUAUAUAUCUACAAAUUACACACACGGACACUCGCGCACACACACAUGUAUAUAAAUUCGUCUACAGUGAGUAGGGACAUUGAAUUUUAAGAUACAGAUCUAGAUUCUGCCUCAAUUUUUUUUCUUCUUUUCCCCUGUAUAUGAGGUUUAUUCAUUGAUCACCAUCAUCAGCUUGUAGCGUCAUUAUCAGUAAAAUCGGAAGCAAUGUGGAGGAGGCAAGUUAACCCAUCUAGACGGUCUGCAGAUGGCGGACUUGUUCCAUUGUCAUCCUCAUUGCAAUCAAGAUCACGCUCGUCUCCAUAUUUAACUACUGGACUUGUCAUAGUGGGAGCUCUGCUUCUUAUAGGCUAUUCUUAUAGCGGCCCAGGUGGAUUUGGUGGUAGUAAAGUGGCUGUUAGAAGGUUUGAAGGUGACUUUUCUUGCACAACAGAGGUUCAGCGGGCAAUUCCAAUUUUGAAGAAAGCAUAUGGUAACAACAUGCAUAAAGUCUUGCAUGUUGGCCCCGACACUUGCUCAGUGGUUUCUGAGCUUUUAAAAGAGGAGGAUAUAGAGGCCUGGGGAGUGGAACCUUAUGAUAUAGAGGAUGCUGAUAGUAGCUGCAAGAGUCUUGUGCACAAGGGCAUUGUGCGUGUGGCUGAUAUCAAGUUUCCUCUUCCAUACAGGCCAAAAUCAUUUUCUCUUUUGAUUAUCUCAGAUGCAUUGGAUUACUUAACUUCCAAAUACCUUAACAAGACCCUUCCUGAGUUGGUACGAGUAUCGGCCGAUGGUCUUGUUAUUUUCACAGGCUAUCCAGGUCAUCACAGAGCUAAAGGUGCAGAUGUAUCCAAAUUUGGGCGGCCGGCUAAAUUGAGGAGUUCGUCUUGGUGGAUACGUUAUUUUGUUCAAACCCAUUUAGAAGUAAAUAAAGCUGCCAUCAAGAAAUUUGAGCAGGCUGCUGUGAAGAGUUCGUACAACCCAAACUGCCAAAUUUUUCACCUCCGAUCAUAGUCAACAGAAAAUUUCCCACAGUAUGGAAGCUGAUUUAAAACAUCUUCAGCUCUCAUCUACUAUGUCCUCCUUGUGAGCCAAUUUUAGAUUUCAUUUGAUGGUAUUGAUCAUGAAUUCAUGAUCAUGUUUGCUUAAUUUUUUUUGUUCCAACCAUAAUAUGUUUCACAUUCUUUGACUCAUUUUCUCAAGGGAAGUAAAGCAAGGAUCAAAAUGGCCUCUGCUUAUUUGUAUCAGAUGGAAUAAGUUUUGGGAGUUAAUGAUUGUAAUUGGAAUGGCUGUUACUUUGGCCUGUGGAUAGACACUUGCCUUUUUCUAUGAUAGAAGUGAAACAAGCUUUUGCAGUUUUCUUCA